UCUGCAUACCGUGUGUGUCUGCUCAUGUGAUCACUGCCUUGCAUGUCUAGGUGGAAAAAAACAUUUAAUCUCAAGGAUUCUCUGCCUUUGUUCCCUAGGAUCAGUCUUUGUCACUGAUUCUGCUUUUUCUCUUUUCCAAUCAGUAUCACAUACGGCGUCUGACAUGGUCUUGUACUGGAGAUGUUUGCUGUGGGUGAAAAGCAGAGAAAGAGGCUUGUGUUCUGCUUGCCAUGCAAAGAGCCAGACAAGCUAAAACGAAGAUGCAUUUUAUGUGGACAUGUCAGGUAAUUAUUCCGAGAUGGGCACACAGAACCAGGAAACCUACAGAGCUGUGGGCUUCCACUCCUUGAUUCAUGGAACAAGAGCCGGAGCCGAGUCAGCGUAGCAGAUUCUGUAGGUAACAGAAGAAUGGCCAUGGGUUAUAAUGGCAGCUUGAUCGUCAGAAACAAGAGUGAAAUUGGCUUAUUUCAGGCUGCAGCUUUUGAAAUUAGGAAUGCAUCUCCUUCACAAGUCUUGUGGAGCAACCACAGCAACAGUGAUGGGCUCAGCUACAGACAUUUUACCACAAGCAUACAAGUUAUCAUUUUCAUUGGGUCUCUGUUGGGUAACAUCAUUGUACUGUGGUCAACCUGCAGAACAACUGUCCUAAAAUCUGCGACCAACCGCUUUAUGAAAAAUCUGGCUUGCUCUGGUAUCUGUGCCAGUUUGGUGUGUGUGCCUUUUGACAUUGUGCUCAGUGCCAGCCCACAUUGUUGCUGGUGGAUUUACACUCUAAUUUUUUGUAAGACCAUUAAAUUCUUGCACAAAGUCUUCUGCUCUGUGACCAUCCUCAGUUUCACUGCCAUCGCUUUGGAUAGAUAUUACUCCGUGCUGUACCCUCUUGAGAGGAAGAUAUCAGAUUCCAAGGCUAGAGACUUGUUAAUCUAUAUUUGGACUCAUGCAGUUGUUGCCAGUGUCCCUGUUUUUGCUGUGACUAAUGUGACUGACAUCUAUGCCAUGUCUACCUGCUCCCAGUCAUGGGGAUAUUCUUUGGGUCACUUGGUAUAUGUCCUGGUAUAUAAUGUCACUACUGUUUUAAUACCUGUUGCUGUGGUUUUCCUAUUUAUGCUACUCAUACGCAGAGCGCUAAGUGCAAGUCAGAAAAAAAAGGUGAUCAUAGCAGCUUUAAGGACCCCACAGAACUCAAUAUCUAUACCAUAUGUUUCCCAAAAGGAGUCAGAGUUGCAUGCUAUGCUGCUGUCCAUGGUACUUAUAUUUGUUCUCUGCAGUGUUCCCUAUUUGACAAUGGUUGUUUAUCGCACUGUGCUCAACGUAUCUCAUAUCUCAGACUUUUUAAUGCUUACUGCAAUUUGGAUGCCUAAAGUUUCACUUGUCACUAAUCCGCUCCUAUUCUUGACUGUCAAUAAGUCUGUGCGUAAAUGUGUGUUGGGUACAAUUGUACAACUCCAUCGUCGGUACAGCCGAAGGAAUGUGGUCAAUCUAGGAUCAGUGGCAGAGGUUAAUUUAGAGCCCAGUGUUCAUUCAGGAAGCCAGCUUCUGGAGAUGUUCCAUAUUGGACAGCAACAAAUAUUUAAAUCUGUUGAAGAUGAGGAGGAUAAUGAGGCUUCCAGAAGUUACAAACUGAAGGAAAAAAAAGUUAGUACCAGCCAAGAGGUAGAACAAACUUUGGUUCAAAAGUUAAUUCCUCAGAGCACAGAAUCAGCAUCACAAGUGGCUCCAGUGAUGUCUGCUGAGGCCGAAUUGCUUCAUGACAAAUAUUCCAUGCAAUUUGGAUAUGGACCCUUUGAGCUGCCCCCACAAUGGUUGUCUGAUAAAAGAAAUAGCAAGAAACGUCUUUUACCUCCUCUUGGAAAUACCCCUGAGGAGCUCAUUCAGACCAAACAGCCAAAAUGUAAAGCUGAACGCAAAAUAACCCGAAACAAUAAAGUAUGUAUUUUUCCAAAAGUGAAUUCUUAGUACCGCUUAGUUACAUAACCCCAAAAAGAUCCUAUGGAUCUGAGCUUCAGUCUUGUUACAUAGGCCGGAAAAUGUACUCUACAGGAAGAAGAUGCAUAAAUCUAAAUAUUCCUUAUUAUAAUGGACUGUGGUGGAUAUUUUCUUGUGCACAACUGUGACAUUCUGUGACAAUUUAGUGCUGGAAGAGAGUGCUAGUUACUCAGCAUAAAAUAUGCUGACCUUUCCUGCUUUCUUUCAUUAACAAUUGACAUGCCAAAUAAGAGGAAAUGAGAGGUACAUGCCCUAUGUAUAAUCUAUUAUCUCACAAUACAGUAGUACUACAGGUCAAUUUACAUUUGAAGCAAGAAACUAUGACUUAUGCCUGUAGCUGUGGGAAACACAUCAGUGGUGUUUCUAAUGGCUGUAAUUGCAGAACUGUAUAAAGGUUGAAUCUUCUUGCAUCAGUACCCGACCCAACUGCAGUUUACCAUUUUUUUAACCUUUACAAAAUAAAUGAAUAAACUGUAAAUAUGUUUUUGGACCAUAUUUUAAAAGUAGAGUACCCAUAAGAAACAGAGUGAAAAAUUGGGAGAACAUAUAUACUCUAGGCAGAUGUUGCUUCUGGUUAGAUUCAAACUUGGGGCCCUAGUGCUGCAAGACACUGUGCUUCUCCACCUAAAUUUUUUUUUUUUAAUUCUUGCAGGAAACUGAAAGAAUUUUCAACAGAUGGCCUGUUGUAAGGAUAGAGCAUCAGUGUAUGAUUACUCACAUACAUGGGCUGAACAACAGUAGUGCAAGGCACAGCCACAUUGGUAUGUACUGUAUUUUGCUGUGCCUGGUAAGCUAUUGAAGUGGCUGCAGUACUUAAUUUAAUGCCAUGGUCCUUUUAUAUUGCUGAUCAUUGAAGAUCAGUCUUCCACUGACUAUUUUUAUGCAUAGCAUAUCUUAAAGAGUACCUGUCACCAAACUAAACUU